AUGACACCACCGGGCGACAGCGGUGCUAGACGCGCGCGGGCGAAACAGGCCUGGCUAUCCUUUCUCAAAACCCGAGCUCCUUUCGAAGGUCCUACCUCGUCAAGUGAUGCCCAAGAGCUAGACGACGAGCUAGCGGUCUUAGGCGAAGUGGUGGCUGUGGCGCGGAGACAGCGCAACGCACGCGUCGCAUGGCCGUGCAGGCUUCCGGUCGAAGUUCUGGCAAUGAUACUGCUCGAGGUCAAGAUCAUAUGGAGCCCCGAAAUGACACGGAUGACAGAACGAGACCUGGAGGAGGACGAGGAAUUUCGCGCGUUUGACCCUUCGAAAUGGUGUUCUCACCAAACGCGAAAGAGAGGUCCCGGUGUCCUCGGCUGGCUCAACGCGACGUAUGUCUGCAGUGCUCUGAGAGAGGUGGCCCUCGCACUGCCGUCUCUGUGGUGCGAUAUCGAAUGCUCUGAGCUCCAUCCCAACUUUCGAGACAUCGUUGAAGCUCGAUCUGCCAAUCAGCCCCUCCGCUAUGAUUUAGACUUUGAUGGCGAUACACUUAAACGUUCCAUUGACUUCACUCAGAUGUGGCUUACGCCGUCUGCUUGCAGUCAUCUUCGCAGCUUGAGACUGGGCGAUAUCCACAAAGAGAGCCUGCAAGAAAUCAUUGGAUCCAUCCCAUAUUUACCCGAAUUGAAAGAGUUUUCCCUCGGCCUUUGGAAUUAUGCAGAAGAACUUCUCGUAGACGUCAAGCUUCCCCUCGCUUCCCCUCACCAACUUUCGCGCCUCAGCUUUCAAGACUGCAUGCCACCUUUAUCAUCUCCUAUGUUCUCUUCAGAAAUUACCCAUCUUUCCUUCUCAUGGACGUCGACUUCCAGGGCCCCCGUCGUUCUUGUUGAUGACAUACUGGACAUGAUUUGCUCUCUGCCACAACUAGAGCAAUUACGACUCAGUUGUACGCCAGCGAGUGAUGACACGGCAAUCUCCGACGCUCCUACAUCGGCGACUCGCCGUCGCUUGUUACCACCGACCUUUCGUCGAUUGGAGUGCGUGUUAGGAGAUGAAAACGACGGCGUCCACUCGGCCUUCGAGAUUUUAACUCGUAUCAAAUUUUCACGUGGGGUUGAAGUCGUUUUGCUGGAUAGCAACGAAUAUGAUUACUACUACACCUGGGGCGACGAAGGUACACAAAUCGCCAGUCGCCUCGUCCGCCUUGCGAAUAUGGCGUGUUGUGUCAAUUGCGAUCUUCAUCGCUCAUGUUGGGGCCUCCUCCUUACAGUCGCCGAGGCAUACAUUCUACUUGGAGAUGACGUAUCUUGGUCUACCGAACACCUGCGCUCACCAGAUGACACGCGUUCAUGGACUACAGACCGCGCGGACAGCUCUCUCAUACGCAUUGGACGGAACGCAUGCUACAAUGACAAGGUCACCGCCGGCGACCUCGACGGACUCGCCCAGUUGCUUCCUCUCGAAACCCUCGCAUACUUCACCCUCAGUGGGACUAUCAUACGCAGACUAUCAGAAAAACAUCAGGAAGAUCGUAUACAAAUCGUGGAAAAACUCCUCUCCGCGCCGGGAAUCCGUCAUUUGGCGAUAGCGAUUAUCGCCCAAGCUGCCACUCUCCUCGAGAAACUAGUUCGGACAGUCCACAAGCAUGACGAUUGUGCCUCUAUACCACUUCCAUCGCUCGAAUCCAUCCACUUGUACGUGGACGCUAAGGUUGACGACUUCGAUGACCCAGGUACCAAGGACGCCCUCGCACCGGUCUUCAGCGCCCUGGUCGCUGCUGUGAACUCACGCCAGCAUUGUAACAAGGCCGUGCGGGAAAUCCGUGUUGACCGCAAGGUAUGGGCAAUGUACUCGUGGGAAGAGGGGCUGCAUGGCACCAGCGUAGUGGUCGUGUAG